GGUCUGUUGGACGUGGAGUCGCACUGGCUGUCAGGAGGAGGUUGUUGUGUUUGGGGAAACUGCGGCUAGCAUCACAGUUAACCAGCGCGACUGUUACAUGUCAGGCACGUAAACCGCGCAUAUCGGGUGGUUGUAUAUUUUACACCGCUGAAGAAGCCACAGACUACAAGGAUAAACGUUUCUUUGUGCGCGGCGACGAUGUCUGUCCCGGCAGGACAGGGAUGAAGAUGACACAACUGUUGUGGCGAAGUGUGUCAGUGUGGCUAUGUAUAGCUGUACUCUUUUGCAGGAGUGUUAGUUGCUAUGUGGGAUCCACGGAGCCACAGCCAGAGGCUCAGAAUCAGGCGUCCUCCCAGGACUUCCAGGCGACGGAGGACUCAGGGGAUCCGGACCCAAAUGAGAAGAAUGAAGACAUCUGGAGUCUACCUGAAAAUGGGAAGCUGUCUGGAGAUCAUCAGCAUAACGGAGAACAGCUGACACGAGAAGUGGAACAUGCUGAGGCCGUUGGAUCAGAUGAGCCGACUGUAGAAGCAGAGCCGGACGAAGACGAGCAGAACUCUGAACGUCAGCAAGAAGAAACAUCUGGAUCUGAAGAGCCGGACUCUGAACCUCCACUGCUUCCUACAAACUCCAUGUCUGUUAUUUCUGCUCCAUACAAAGAUGACCCCAACGUAAACAGCGUCCACAUGGUCGCCACAAACAGUGAUGGAUCUGAAGCAGCUGCACCUGAGAUCACUGAUUUCGACCUGCUUCCAGUUGACUGUGAAGAAGAAGAAGAAGACAAUCCCUAUGAUGACAGCAGCCCUCCAAUAGUGCUGGAGAACACCUCCAAUGCGCACACCACAGGGACUAACGCCGAAGUGGCCCCCCCUCCGAGUCCUCCCAGCAGUAAGCAUCUGGAAGCCAACGCGUCGCACAUGCUGAAAGAGCAGGACUUGAGCUCCCCUGUCAGCGCCGACGCAGACUCCACUGCGAGCAGCAAAGACCCCGAGGACAUCCCCACUUUUGACGAGUGGAAGCGGAAGAUGAUGGAAGUGGAGAAAGAGAAGACUCUGUCCACUCACACCUCUAACAAUGGAGGGUCUCAUACGGUAAAAAAAGUCCAGAAGAACUUCCAUAACUACGCCUCGGUAGAGUGCGGGGCCAAGUUACUUGGUGCUAACCCAGAGGCGAAGAGCACUUCGGCCAUUUUGAAGGAGAACAUGGACUUGUACAUGUUAAACCCCUGCAGCACUAAAAUCUGGUUCAUUAUUGAGCUCUGUGAGCCCAUCCAGUUGAAGCAGUUGGACAUUGCUAAUUUUGAGCUUUUCUCCUCCACCCCUAAAGACUUUCUCGUCUCUAUCAGCGAUCGGUACCCGACAAAUAAGUGGUCAAAGCUGGGAACCUUUCACGCCAGGGACGAACGCACCGUUCAGAGCUUCCCAUUGGACGAGCAUCUUUAUGCUAAAUACGUGAAGAUGUUCACCAAGUACAUAAAGGUGGAGCUGGUCUCUCACUUCGGUUCGGAACAUUUCUGUCCCCUGAGUCUCAUAAGGGUGUUCGGAACAAGCAUGGUGGAAGAGUACGAGAUCGCUGAUCCUCCAGAGAGACCAGAAGAUCAGGACGAUGAUCUAGAUUAUCCUCCUGGGAGUGUACCUGGAGAAGACAAGUCCAAUAAUCUGAUUGGAUCAGCGAAAGAUGCCAUUUUCAACAUGGUGAAGGACAUUGCUGUUGUCCUUGGAGGUAAUCAGGAGACGACAGGCAACCUUUCAUCUCAAGAUGUGAACAUAAGUGAACAAUCCCAACAAGCUGAAACCGCCACGGAAACUGCGACCACUGACCUUGAGUCUGUUCCAAACGCUGCAGACAUGCAGGGUUUAAUCGACCCAUUUGCUCCAGACGCAUCAAUUACUGAAAACUGUGAAGAAAAGCUCCCCCUAGUGGAGGAAAAAAUCAUCAUUCCAUUGGGAAAAGAAGAGGAAGAAUCGAUCACCUCCACAAUCAUUCUCCUUGACAAGGAGGAGGAGCUGGAAGACGACAAGAAGGACAAUCAGAAACGGGAUGAAGAAAACCUAGAAUACUGCGCUGCGCGUUCUUCCUCUUGUUCCUGCACGACUUCUUUCCAGGAGUUCCUCCAGCAGCAGUGUUCAGCUUCCCUGUCCAAAAAGAGGACUUGCCAAACAGUGGACAUAGUUGAAAAAAUUCCCUCUGUCGUGACACCCUCGGUCCCGCCCUCCUCCUCUGCCCAACCCGAGCCUCAACCUCAUCCCGGCGAGGCGGGUCAGUCCGAUGAGACAGAGGCAGCCUCUGAGCUGCAGCCAGAUCGAGACGCGACGGACGCAGAGGCGGCACCGCCUUCAGAGAACCCAGAGGGAUCUGUGUCCGAGCACAACGAUCUGGAGCCCAGUCAGAUCCCGAUCCUCCCCGCACCCAGCGCCACCGAGUCUUCGUCUGCCAAAGCCACGCCUGUCGUAGAAACGCCAGACGUCUCCUCUGAGGAACCAAAGCACGAGUCGGGGCCUGAAAAGAGCCAGGAUGUGUCGACAGAGGACAAACUCGUCGAGCCUUCGCUCUCUCUCAGUGGCAGCUCUGCGGAGGUGAAACCCAGCAUCUCAGCAGAUGACGAUCCAACCGAGGAAAAACCCAAUGUCGACCCCGCACAGGAGGAAACCAGUGCCUCCAAUGAAACUCAGGAUAACCUCAGUCAGACUCCAGUUUCCUCAUCCGCUUCUUCAAAGAACCAGGUUGAGCCGCCGGAGAGUUUCCCUACCUCGUCUGAGGUUCCUCCUAUGGCAAUAGACAUGACCACAGAACCCGAACCCGCCCCCAGUCCCGUCACUGACGCCAAAACGGACGAUCCGGCGGAAGAAUUCCCAGUUCCAUCGGGCGGCCAAGACCAGCUGUUUCGUCCUUCUGUUCCGACCAGCACUUCUCCUACCUCACCGUCUCUUUUAGACAUUUACGCAGAGCCCUUUAACGGUACGGAGCAAAACGGAAACCAGGUGCACGGUUCCAGCCAGAAGGAGUCGGUCUUCAUGAGACUUAACAACCGAAUCAAGGCGCUAGAGGUGAACAUGUCCCUUAGCGGGCGCUACCUGGAGCAGCUUAGCCAGAGGUACCGGAAGCAGAUGGAGGAGAUGCAAAGAGCUUUCAACAAAACCAUCGUUAAGCUCCAAAACACAUCCAGAAUAGCAGAGGAGCAGGACCUGCGUCAGACUGAAUCCAUUCAGUUGCUGCAGGGCCAGCUGGAGAAUGUGACUCAGCUGGUUCUCAACCUGUCUGUCCGAGUCAGCCAGCUGCAGAAUGAGGUGACCGACAGGCAGAACUACCUGCUGCUCUCUCUCGUGUUGUGUGUGUGUCUCGGCAUUUUGCUGUGCGUCAACCACUUCCGCAUCGCCGUUCCUCCCACCGCGGAUCCAGAACCACCCAGCACCAAACGUCCCACCUACUGCAGUCCCGAAAGGCAAUAUCCUCCCUGCGAUGAGACAGGAUUGAAAAGGAGGGCAUCUUAUCCACUCGUAAACUCUGAGACCUUUCAGUUGGCCGACGCUGAAGGAAUGCUGCACGCCGAGGAAAACAGUCUUUGUCCAGCGAACAGAAAGAGGCGGCGGCGUAAGCUGAAACCUCCAGACCGGGUGGAGACGCUGAAACCCUGUUUCCAGUCCGCUCCCGAGCUGUGCAACGGAGCCGUCGGACGUAGCCGCAGAGACGUCACCGCGCACGCCGCGCCGCUCAUAAAACAUUUGCUCCAGCCCGUGUUCAGGGACUCGCCGUCGGAGGGAAGCUCCGAAGGGUCCUCUCAGUCCGACGACCCGUCUUUCUGCGGCAUCAGGUCGGCCUGCUCCAGGAUCUGCGACGGGCUCCCUCCGGUGAAAACACAAGCAGAAAAACGGGCGCUAAGACGCAGGCGUCUGAAGCCCGCCUGCGCCGUGGUGGACUUGCUUCACGCUCCUCGGAGGGACGAUAACGAGCCGGCGCCCGUCACUUUACAGGACAUCAUUGUCAACAAAAAGACGGAGCACAACUCCGGUCCGUUGGUUGCAAUCCCAGGUCCUGUGUGACUCUGCAAGAGUCCUGAACUUGAAUGCUAAGCUGGUUGUUAGAUUCCAGUAGCUAAUGGCAGCUCCAACCUCCAUCAGACAAUCUGUUCAUCCUUUUCAGUAAAAAAAAAAAAUAAUAAUGUUGUGUUCAUAUCCUCUGUUCAGUUUUUGUCAAAGUUUCUAUUUGGUACAGUUGAACUACUCCUUCCAGCUCUCCAGCUAAAGCAUUUUUGUUUUAUGAAAAUCAGACUACUACUCACCUGAAUUAAUAUAGGAUACUAGAGGUUCUCCUUCUUUACAGUAGCUUUAGUAGAAAACAAAAUCCCUGAAGCACUUUAAACAUGAUCAACCAACCCUUUGUUCUCAGUAGUUCCUGUCCAGCUCCUCUCACCUGAGGGGUUCCUCAAAGCUCCAUCCUCGGCCCACUACUCUUCAAUCUGUACUGUAUGUCUUUUCUUUGACUAUGUUUAGAAAACAUUUAUUACUGUCCCCUUUUUUUCCCUCUAAAAUCCCACUAUGAAUGUCAACACUUUAAAAUGCAAGUUAAUUUUUAACACCAAAUUUGGUCCAACUAUCCCCUAUAGUUAUCCUUUUCUUUUCGUCUUAAAUUUCAUUCCAGGCAGCAUUAAAAAUGUCUCAGUCUUAAAUUUGACUUGUUAGGCCCUGCAGAUACUUUGUAGAUAUGUAGAGCUACAAAUAUGAAGCCACAAAUUAAACCACUGCCUUUUUUUGGCGACUAAGUAUGGUCUUUCUAAGGAAGGGUUAAAGAAAUACAAGUAUAUUUCUUCACAGAAAAUCACUAAAUAAAUCAAAACGUUUGAAACUUGAUUCUUGUUUUCAAGCAUCCUUGCAGCAGUUCCUUGUCAUCCCGAGUAGAAGUGAAAAUUAACCUUUGACCUGAACUGUACACACAACCCCAUCAGCAGCUUUUUGUGUUCCAUCUCACAGUGUGAAGUAUUUCUUCAGAGAAUCUCUCUUUCUCUCUCUCUUCAAGUGGAGAAUGCGCCCCGGUUAGGAGGCGUGUUCAGGGCAAUGUGCUGAAAUGUCGACCGGAGUGGAAAAUGUUUGCUUUCGGGAAGCGCUGCAGGUAAUGUAGCUUGUAAAAUGUUGUUCUGCUGUCUGCAAAUGACUCGACUGGAGACGAGUGUGAAGGAAAUAAAACAUUUUUAAAAUUCUCUUCACGCUGCUUAGAAACGCACUCUGGUGUAAAAUAUCUGCAUUUCUAACUUUGGACGUCAGAUUUUUAUGUUGUAAAUGAAACGUAGGGAAGUUUUGGUUUUGAAUAUAGAAAAGCAAAAGUUGCUGCUUUUUUGUUUUCCAGCAUUUAAUUAUAGGAAUCAGAAAGUCAGGCUUUUUUUUUUUUUUUUUUCUCUCCCGGAUCUCUUUACUUGCAUGGUUAGAUUUUAUUUCUGGAGUGUCUGAAAAGUGGAGGAGACUUUUUAUUUUUUUUUUUUAGCAUAGGAUUCAUAGAGAAAUUUCACUUUUUACUGUUUUCUGCGUUGUUCGUCAGACGUUCUGAAUGACAUUUGUACGACAACCACUACUUCUUCUGUUCCAGGUAACGCUGCAUAUAAAAGUGACUGAAAUAAAUGGAUGGACUAGACUGUUGUUCAUUCAGAUAAG